GGAGAGAGGGAGACGCCGCACACACACAGACAGAGGGGAGAGAGGGGCGAUGCCGGAGCUGCCGGAGGUGGAGGUGGCGCGGCGGGCGCUGCAGGAGCACUGCGCGGGGAGGCGGAUCUUGCGCUGCUCGGCGGCGGACGACCCGAAGGUGAUCGACGGCGUCUCCCCCUCGCAACUCGAGUCGUCCCUCGCCGGGAAGACCGUCCUCGCCGCCGCCCGCAAGGGCAAGAACCUCUGGCUCCGCCUCGACUCCCCCCCCUUCCCCUCCUUCCAAUUCGGGAUGACGGGUGCGGUCUACAUCAAAGGUGUGGAAUUGAGCAAAUACAAAAGGUCGGCGGUGAGCCCGACGGAGGAGUGGCCAUCGAAAUACUCCAAAUUGUUUGUUGAACUGGAAGAUGGUGUCGAGUUUUCCUUCACCGAUAAGAGACGCCUCGCAAAAGUUCGCUUGCUUGAAGAUCCUGAAUCUGUGCCUCCAAUUUCUGAGCUGGGUCCAGAUGCCCUGUUCGAGCCUAUGCAGGUCGAUGAGUUCAUGAAUGCCCUAAGAAAAAAGAAGAUCGCGAUAAAGGCUUUGUUACUUGAUCAGAGCUUUAUAUCUGGUAUUGGUAACUGGAUCGCGGAUGAGGUGCUCUAUCAGGUUAGUUUUAUUUCAUUUCUGUAAGAAAUAUAGUGCUUCGAAUAGGAGAUUGUAUUUUCCUGCGCUGCUUUAUUCACAUCUUUUCUUUUUCUGGAUCUUAACAUUUUCAGCCAUUCAUCAGUAGGUUUGGCUUUCGCUCUUUUACCACCAAUUCACUGCAAAAGUUGGGGCAUAGUAGUUAAUAUUGAUUAAAACCUAUUUCUUGCUGCAUAUUUGUAAAUUUUU